GAGCGGCAAUAGCGUAUAUCCCCGACUACCACAAAAACCCUAGAAAAACAGACUUCAGAAAGGCACCAACCAAACGGCGGUCUGCUGAUGAAUUUGGCGGGUGAGAGUGAGAGAGUCGAGAGAGAGUGCGGGAAAUCAAUGGAUAACAAAGAAGCAGAUCAGAAAGUGCCAAUUUUUAGAGACAUAAGGCGAUAUUACUGUGAAUUCUGCGGCAUCUGCCGCUCCAAAAAGGCUCUGAUCGCUUCUCACAUCCUCGAUCACCACAAGGGUGAGAUGGAUAUGGAAAAAGAGGCUGGUGGGGAAGGGGAAGGAGAGAAGGAAAAAUCCAAUACUUGCGAAGAAUGUGGUGCUACUUUCAAGAAACCUGCACAUCUGAAGCAACAUAUGCAAAGCCAUUCCCUUGAGGAAUCGACAUUUUAAUGAAGUAUUCAUUGGACAGCGUGAAGCAUUGGAUCCCACCCAAAGAACUCCAAAAUGCAAGAGAGCUUGACUUGAGUGGACCAGUAACAGGUGGGAGACCUCCUGUGAAGCUCCAUCAGGCGAGCCUCAAUCACAGGCCAUAUGUUUGUUCGGUGGAUGAUUGCCAUUCCAGCUUUAGAAGGAAGGACCACUUAAAUCGCCAUCUUCUUCAGCACCAAGGGAAACUCUUUAAGUGUUCAAUUGAGAACUGUAAUCGUGGAUUUGUUUGCCAAGGUAACAUGAGCAGGCAUGUUAAAAAACUUCAUAAUGAUGAUGGCACUUAUGUAGGAAGAGGUCAGAAACAGCAUGUGUGCCAGGAAAUUGGUUGUGGAAAGGUGUUCCAAUUUGCUUCGAAACUGCAGAAGCAUGAGAAUUCUCAUGUUCAUCUGGAUUCAGUGGAGGCAUUCUGCUCCGAACUAGGUUGUAUGCAAUAUUUUACCAACGAGCAAUGCCUUAAGGCCCAUAUCUUGUCCUCCCACCAACAUGUUACAUGCGAGAUAUGUGGUUCCAAGAAGCUGAAAAGGAAUAUCAAAAGGCAUCUGCUCACCCAUAAAGGGGGAGCGCCUUCAGUUGAGAGAAUUAAAUGCAGCUGUAAUGGUUGUCUUCAAACAUUUUCAACUAAAUCAAAUCUCACUCAACAUGUCAAGGCUGUACACCUCGAAGAUAAACCUUUUGUAUGCAGCUUUUCAGGUUGUGGCAUGAGAUUUGCAUACAAGCAUGUAAGAGAUAACCAUGAGAAGACUGGACGCCAUGUAUAUGCAUAUGGGGAUUUUGUAGAGGCUGAUGAGCAAUUCCAGUCAAGGCCAAGGGGUGGCUGCAAGAGGAAGUGCCCCUCUGUGGAAAUGCUCUUACGAAAACGGGUGACUCCACCAGAUCAGUUGGGCCUAGAGCCUGACUACCUCUCGUGGUUGCUCUCACAAGACGCGGAGGAUGGGAAUUGAGUCAUGGCGUUCUAGUUAAAAUUACCGCACACGUCAGUACUAACUUAUGAGAGUGAGUUAGGAAGUAGAUAGAUAUGGAUGUUGGAUGGUGUAAUGAAUCUCAACACUAUAAAUAUAUAUAUAGCAUUUUUGUAUUCAACAAAGUCUUGGUAAGUAAUCAUGGAGAGAAUUGUGCUAUGCUUCGCACUUUUAGAUU